AUGGAACCUAGAGAAGGAGUAACAAACACAAACCCACAUUCAAAAUCAAAACAACCCAAGAUUGAAAUGGAAGAAAGUAAAGCAUUAGAAGUUACAGAAUUCAACGCAGUGAUAAUAGCAGAAAAAGAUGAUCAAGGAAGUUUAAAUAUGAAACAAUUAGCACCACCAAGAAAUAAUAGACAUAAAAAAGUUGAUGGUAGAGGAAGAAAAACAAGGAUGCCAGCUUUACGUACAGCUAGAAUCUCUCAAUUAACAAGAGAAUUAGGUCAUAAAUCUGAUGGUGAAACUAUUCAAUGGUUAUUACAGCAAUUUGAUUAUUGCAGACACAGACAAGAAAUUGUGGGAACUGAGCGAAAUGACAAUACACCACCCUCUUUUUUCAAAGUGAUGAUGAUGGGAGAGUUCGAAAACAAUCUUAAGAUACCAGUAGAUUUCGUUGGGAACUUUAACGGGAUGAUACCGUACGAUUCUAUCCUUCGAAGUCCAUCAGGAUGCUGGAAUGUGAAGGUUAUAGAAGAAAAAGAUGGUGGUUUAUAUUUCCGGAAAGGAUGGCCUGAUUUUGUUGAAGCACAUUAUUUAAGCCAUGGGGAUAUAGUUACUAUGAAGUAUGUUGGCAUUUCGCAGUUUGAUGUUAAGUUGUAUGGUACAAACGGAUGUGAAAAGAUAUUACCUUCUAUGGGUAGCAAUGGCGUAAAAUUGGAAUAUGGAGAAACAAGUAAGGGAAGAUUGACUAAUUAUGGUUCCGAGUUUGAUCAGCACAGUUGUCGUGCAGGCGAUUUUGGAAGAGAUUCCUUUUGUCAGGACAAAAGGAAUUGUGGAUUGUUUAAGUGCGAUGAGCUGAAGAGAAAAGCAAAUGUCAUUGAGGGAAGGACAAAGGUCGAUCAAGCAGAGUGUUUCUGUGAAGGGAAGCCGUAUUUUUUCGCUAGUUGGACAGAGAAUAAGAAAUAUCAAUUGGAGAUUCCUGAAAAGGUGGUAAGGAAAUUGGAAAGUAGAUUGUCUGAUAUUGUCGCUCUGAAAAGCACUAAUGGUAGACUUUGGAAUGUUGAACUGAAGAGAUCUGAAGGCAAGGUUUGGUUUUACAAAGGUUGGAAGGAAUUCACAGAACAUCACUCUUUAAGGGAUGGUUAUGUUUUAAGAAUCAGUUACAAUGGGAAUUCACAGUUUUAUGUCCGCAUUACGAAUUUUUUGGAGCCUCUAGAUGAUUCCGAAACCCAAGGAGAGUCUAAUCCAAAGAAAAGGUGUCAAUUGAGCAAAAGGGAAGAAGACGAUAACGUGAUAUUGCUGGACACAUCUCCAUCUCGAACUCAUGUUGAAAGUAAGACAAAUGAGGAAAGAUCAAAGUUGUCAGUUCCUCCUGGUUUCGAUAUCCCUGUGCAACUCAACAAAAAUAAGGGAAAAAAGUCUUUAGUAUCCGAUGAAACCAGGUUACUGUGUCUAGGAAAUGAAAGAACUACAUCAGGUGAUUUUCUACCAGUUGCUAAACAAGAUGAGAUUAAAGACACGUCCGAUGCGCCCGCAUCAAAACUUUUCCGUAAAUCAUCAUGGAGAACCAAAGGCAAAGAAAUGGUGGCUGAAGUAACCAAGUCAUUCAAGCCCCAGACUCAAUAUCCUUUCUUUGCUGUUUAUAUGCGAGAUAGCUAUAUAACUAGUGCGUAUCUGCAUAUUCCUAGCAGCUUCGCCAAGAAAUAUCUUCCGAAUAACAUAAAGAAUGUCAUGGUUCGAAAUUCAGACAAUAAUGUGUGGACGGUUGGAUAUUUUUUCAGAGGUUAUAGAACACAUCUAGCUGCUGGUUGGAGUUCUCUUAGACGACAUUUAUGUAUCUCCGGAGGAGAUGUUUGUGUCUUUGAGCUGCUCAAGGAAAAAGAUGCAGAAAUGAGAGUUUCAGUUUUCAGGGAGAUUGACAAUGUGAUAACCAGGAUAUGA